CUUCAACAACUUUACUCUCAAAGCAAUCGUCACUCUCUGUGGCUCAGCAUUUCUCAGGAAAAGAUUCCCUUCUGCUUUACUAUAUGCUUUAAUGGAGACUGGUGAAUUUGGGAAUGCUUAAACGGAGUGGGUGGUUUUUUGUUACUGAUAAUUUGAGCUAGAUUUCAUUUUAGCUCUGCUGAUUCUAGCUGCUUGCAGUCUGAUCAGAUUAUUGGUUAUGCUGGUUUGAGUUGUUAUUGUGGUAGACAAAGAUGGCAAAGAAGAAAAAUCCUUUAGUUUUCAUGGAUGUGUCAAUAGAUGGUGAUCCUGCUGAAAAGAUGACUUUCGAGCUCUUUCCUGAUAUUGCUCCCAAGACUGCUGAAAAUUUCCGUGCACUUUGUACAGGAGAAAAGGGCAUUGGUCCUAAAACUGGAAAACCAAUGCACUACAAGGGUUCCUUUUUCCAUCGAGUCAUUAAAGGUUCCAUGGCCCAGGGUGGCGAUUUUGUGAGAAGAGAUGGAACUAGUGGGGAAAGCAUAUAUGAUGGGAAGUUUCCAGAUGAAUCUCCUAGGCUAAAACAUGAUGGACCUGGUCUCUUAUCUAUGGCAAUUGCUGAUCGUGACACUGUAGGUUCACAAUUCAUUAUCACCUUCAAGGCUAAUCAUCAUCUUGACAGAAAGUAUGUGGUUUUUGGGAAGCUUGUGCAAGGAAAUGAAGUGCUGAAGAAAAUUGAAAAUGUGGGUGAUGAGGAAGGAAUACCAACUGUAACAGUGAAAAUUAUCAAUUGUGGUGAAGUCAAUGAAGAGAAAAGAAAAAUCAAGUUGAAAACAGGAAAAGAUGGAUCCCUUGAUGCUAAUAGUCAUGAAGUGCGAAGGAAGGGGAAACAUAAGAAAUCUUCAAGAGACAAAAAGAAGAGGAGAAGACAUUAUUCGUCUGAUUCAGAGAGUUCCUCAGAUUCUGAGACAGAAUCAUCUGAAUCUGAUAGUGAUUCAGACUCAUAUUUGUCAUCAUCCUCUAACAUUAGUUCUUCAAGUGAUGACAGGCGUAAAAAGAGGAAGAGAUCUUCUAAACGAGAAAAAUAUAGGCGCAGAAAAAGAAGAGAUAAACGGCGUGACAAAAAGAGAAGAAGGCGUGAUAAGAGAUCAAAGCGUAGAUCAAGAAGAGCUUUGGAUAGUCUUACAGAUGAUGACAGUGAGAGGAAAAGUGAAAGCAACACUGAUAAUGAUGUUGAUGUGCAAGGAAAAGUACAGAAGCAUGAACAGCUUUCUCAGAAAAAUGUUGGGAGUCAAUCCCCUUCAGCUGUAGAGAAAGAAAUUCGACACAGAAAAAGGGAAGAGGCUGAUUUGCUCGUAAAGGAGCAUGAAGCUCCAAAGGAAAAUGGAGAGCAACAGAGCAAUGGCAUAGAAGAAGAUGCUAAAUCUGACAGAAGUGCAGAGAGACAACCUGAUGUGGUAGAUGAUCACCCAAGCAAAUCUAGGAGCCGAAGCAUAAGUCCUAAGAGGGCCAUGUGUAAGAGUAUGAGUAUUAGUCCCAGGAGUCGUCCAAGCCGGAGCCCCAGUCUCAGCCCAAGGCGGAGUGUGAGCAGGAGUCCAGGUGUGACAAGGAAUCCGCCUCGCUUUCCAGAAAGAAGUGUAAGCAGGAGUCCUGUUAGAAGUAGGAACAGGAGCCCUGCUAAAAGCAUCAGCAGGAGCCCUGCUAAAAGCAUCAGCAGGAGCCCUUCUAGAAGCAUCAGUGGAAGCCCUUUGAAGGGUAGAAAGAGUAGAAGCAUCAGCAGGAGCCCUGCUAGAGGCAUCAGCAGAAGCCCUUUGAGGGGUAGAAAGAGUAGAAGCAUCAGCAGGAGCCCAGUUAGAGCACGUACUCGAAGAAGCAUUAGCAGGAGCCCUGUAAGGUCUCGGUCCCGAAGAAGCCUAAGUAAGAGCCCAUCCAGAUCAACAAGAAAAUCAAUUAGCAGAAGCCCUGUUAGACUUUUGAAAAGAAGCAUAAGUAGAAGUCCAGCAAGAUCUUCUAGGAGAAGCUUUAGCAGAAGUCCUGUAAGAUCUUCUCGGAGAAGCAUAAGUAGGAGCUCUGGUAGGGCUCCUUCUAGGAGAAGCAUCAGCAGAAGUCCAUUAAGGGAACCAAGUAGGAAUUAUCACCAUAGUUUUUCAAGGAGUCCCACCCCUGUACGAAGGGUAAGGUCAACUUCUGAUCGAGGUAGAAGUUUAUCGAGAAGCAUUUCCCCUGAUGCAUCACCUAAGCGCAUCAGAAGGGGUCGGGGUUUCAGUGAGCGUUACUCUUAUGCACGAAGAUACAGAACCCCUUCUCCAGAUCGUUCUCCUAUGAGAUCCAAUCGUUACAGUGGCAGAAUUGAUCGGGAGAGUUCUAGGUAUUCAAGUUAUAGGAGGUAUUCACCUAGGCGUUUUAGAAGCCCACCAAGAGGAAGAACUCCUCCAAGGUACAGAGGCCGAAGAAGCCGGACACGAAGUCCAUUGAUAUCACAUAGCCCUCGUUACCGUAAUCGUCGAUACAGUCAUAGCCGUAACCGUAGCCCUAGUCGCAGUCAAUCCCCUAUUCACAGCCGCUCUCCAGUUGAUGUGUCCAGGUCUCAUGCCUCUCCCAGUGCUGGGAGGCGAAGGUCCCCUUCUCAGAGCAGGAGCCGAUCGGAAUCAAGGUCCUCAUUGGACUCUCAGUCGCCUAAGCAGGCAAGCAAAGCAAGGUCAAGGUCAUCUUCUGGAAGUCUGGAUGGUAAAAGGGGCCUGGUCUCAUAUGAUGAUGGUUCACCCGACUCAGCAAGGUGAAUUAGGUGAAAGUUUGGGGAGAUUUUGGUACAAGUCUCUGAUGAGCCCAUUUUCUCUUGAUGCACUAUGUUGUGCAGUUUUACCAAAUUGUUGUUUCUACUUGGUUGUUGCCGGUGGUUGCAGUAAUUAAAUAUCUGAUUUCAGUAUUUUCGUUCUGGUUGUUCUUGGCAUGCUUUUAGGAUAUCUUAUAAAUAAUGAACAGUAUGUGGAUUAUAUGGGGGGUAGGAAUCUUGUUACAUUGUUAGUGCAGUGUCCCUAAGAAUCUUAUGUAGUUCUUUAAUGUAUCAGAAAAUUUUCCUACAAAACUGAGAAAUGAACUCUGGCGAUGAUCGGGAAUUGGAGCUUUAUUAAAUUGCAGUUGAUCUUAUGUCUUGUUCAUUUAUAGGAAAUCUAAUCAUUUUGUCCUGUCUUCUGCAACAUCUUUUUCAACUUAUAGAUGGCCUGUAAAUACAUGAUAGUUUUACUUGCCUGGGUCUUAUGAAAAUUAACGUUGUUAGCAAUUUUGCACUUAAUUUGAACCAUGUCAACAGUUUGGCUUCGUGAAGCCAUCCUUGAAUGUCUGUCUGAAGCACGAUCAGAUAGAUUCUUACGAAGUACAGUAGCAAGCUCCACAAGGUCUGGCUUCCAUUAAUCACCAAAGUCAACCCACAAAAUAGGACAUUGUUAGCACAAACUGAUGGAGCCCCUCUUAGCCUCUCCAAGUCUUCUCUCAUUGUCUAUUCUCUUUGAUAUGGAAUUGGAAACUAUCUAUCAUCUCAACUCCAUGGUUCUCUACCCAAACCCCCGAGUCCGGCUAGUUGGUUUCUCCCCUGGUUUGUAGAUUGGCUAUGCUAGACAAAAACAAGGCCAGGUUUGGGUUGGCGCCUGGUAUCAGCCUUUUGUUUGGUCCAUGCAGUUUCAGGACCGCUAGUCCUUCUGCUCACCACCUCCUCAGUUCUUUAGCUGAGGUCGUGCAAUUCCACGGGAAACGUAUCGUAGCUGUCAGGGCUGGAGCUACCCCAGUGUUGAUCCAAGUGAUAACAAACACCGAGGAUGAAGACCUUGCUGGAACUUCACUAGCUGUUCUGGGUCUUCUUGCGAGGUUUGAUGAAGGAUUAAAUGCUUUGACAAAGACUAAUAUUUCUGACAAAAAUUUUC